CCUUUUUUAAGGGUUCAGGCGGUAAACUGCAACGGUAGCCAAAACUCGACGCAGACCUAGGGUUUAAAAGAAAAGAGUGAGACUAGGGUUUUAGAAGACUGUGCUGCGAUUUUGAAUCCGAGAGAAAGCAAUGGGUUUUUGGGGAAUUGAAGUGAAACCGGGCAAACCGCAUCCUUACCACUCUGAUAAUGUGGAAGGAAGGCUUUAUGUAACUCAGGCGACUCUAGGCCUUGGUUCAUCAACAGAGAGAAGCAUACUUCAGUGUUCUGUUGGGCAUAAAAGUCCAAUUUUCUUGUGUUCCUUGUUACCGGACAGAAUUGAAUCUUGUUCCUUGAAUCUUGAGUUCAAGGAUGAAUUAGUUGCCUUCUCAGUGAUUGGCCCACGAAGCAUUCAUUUAUCUGGUUACUUUGUGUCUGAUGAAGGCGAUCAUCUACGAGAUGAAUAUGAGUCUGAUUCUGGAGAAGACAUUGCUGAGACAGAGACUGAAGAUUCAAGUGAAUUUGAUUAUGAUGAUAAUGACGACGACUUCAUUGAUGAUGAUGAUGCUGAAUUGUUUGCACCUUCACCUGUUCCAAAUAGCGGAGUUGUAAUUGAAGAAAUAGUGGAUGAUGACAAACCUACAAAAGGAGAUGGUCAGCCUAAACGAUCAAAGAAGAAGAACAACAAAUCAAGUGAGCAUGAGGACCAAAAUAACUCCCAAAGGCAAAUUGUUACUAGCGGGGCUACUGAUACAUCAGUUUUUGAAAGUGAAGACGAAGACGGAUUUCCAAUUGCUGGCUCACGAAAAAGUGGAGAUGUUGUCCAAGAGACCCAAGCAGAAGCAUCAGAUGUACAGAAAGAAAAGAGUGCCACAGAAAUCAAGAAGAAAGCAACAGAUGGCAAUGAUGAUGCCACAGUCAAAAAGAGAAAAGUUAAGAGUACUGAGCAAGAUGAUCAACCAAUAAGGAAAAAGAAGAAGGAGAAGCUGAAAGAAAAGGGUAAGGAGGUAGAUAAUGAUGAAAUAGAUGAUAAUGAGAAAGAUGAAAUCCAUAGUAAGGAGGUGAAGCAGCAGGAUUCUCCUGAUGAUAAGGAUCAUGAUCAGAGGGUCCUUAAUGCUGAUGCAGACAGUGUGCAUGUGGAAGACACCUCUGACAAGAAAAAGAGGAAGAAGAAAAAGAACAAGAAGAAGAACCAGGAGAGUGGGGAGGACGUAAAUAAGGAUCAAGCUGUUUCAGCUGCAGGAGAUGGGGCCAAAUCCACUCUGGAGUCCCAGGAUAAGCAAUCUUCGGGCAAGUCUUCCCAAGUUAGAACCUUUGCCAAUGGUUUGGUUAUCGAGGAGCUAGCAAUGGGUAAACCAGAUGGUAAAAGAGCUUCUCCUGGAUGUCAGGUCAGUGUUCAUUACAUUGGCAAGCUAAAGAAGAAUGACAAAAUAUUUGAUUCUAAUGUGGGAAGGGCACCUUUCAAAUUCCGCCUAGGUGUGGGCCAAGUUAUAAAGGGAUGGGAUGUUGGAGUUAAUGGUAUGAGAGUUGGGGAUAAAAGAAGACUCACAAUUCCACCAUCAAUGGGUUAUGGAGAUAGAGGAGCUGGUGGAAAGAUCCCACCAAAUUCAUGGCUCGUGUUUGAUGUCGAGUUGGUGAAUGUUCGAUAAUCAGCAACUUGUCCUUUUUGUUUCGAAGCCUCCAUUGCUUUAACAGGCAGAGUGGGCUUAAAUGGAUCUUGAAAACUUAGUAUUCUAAAGAAUAGUUUUGUUUUGCUACAGUAGUAGUUCAUCCCCAUCAGACAUGUGAAAUCAAGAGUUAUUAGAUGGGGGUGCGGAAAUUUUGAUAGAAAACUGGCUGAUUUUUGUUUUUGCAUGGGUCACGUUUCUUCGAAAGUUGGAUAUACCGUGCGUAAUUUGGUGAACUUUUGAGAAGUUGGAAGAAUUAUUCAUUCAGGUAAUUGAUGCAUCAACCGCCAAUGAACUUGGGGAUGCAACAUUAUUGAAACAGCUUGGUUUAAAUAGUGAGGAACCUUUUCCUUUGCUUUUGUAUUGAAGUUUGGUUCCUGUUACAGAAUGGAGCUUGCAGUUGGGUCGGAGACGAUUAAUUUAGCUGUUGGAUGUGGUAGACUGGAAACUUUUUUUAAAUUCACAUGAUGGUUAAUAUGAAGCUUAUGGGUUGUAUUUCGAAUCAGUUCUAUAAUGAGAAUUAUUUUUUAUUAA